AUGAAAAAUUUUACAUAUGAACAUUAUAUGAACUUAUUGUUCCAUCUAGACUAUUGUAAUGAAAAUGUCAUACCAGAGAUAUCGAGAAGAAUUUUGUUGCAUGCUAUAUCACCGGUGAUAACCGUAACAUCCACACCCGUACUCGAUGAACACAUUAGUGAAGUAUAUCAUAUCGAUUCAUUGUAUAUGAUGUUAAGAUUCUUUGGUGGUUGUGUUUCCGAUAGGGAUCAAGUAAAUGAGUAUACAAACAUCAAUGGUACAUCCAAUGAGGAUCAAACCUCGGAACAAUCUACAAUGGUCAACACUAAAGAAGACCAAACAAAUGAUCAAGAAACGAACAAUGACACGGUUACCCCUAAGAACACCUCAAAUUUAACAGUUCCAAACAAUAAUAACAAAAGAAGAAAUAGAAGCAGGUCUAACAGCCUUUUCCAAAGAGAUGCAACACAAUCACAAUAUAUUAGAUUCACGAAGCCACUGGCGGAUCUAUUAAAUACAAGAGAAACAAAUGAUAUGCUAUUUGAUUACCAUUCACUGGAGAUAUUUUUAGAAAAUUAUUUGAAGAUGAUAGAAAAACAUACUACAGAUGCGACACCAGAUCAAUUAUUGAAAAAAUCUUUAUACCAUACUUUUUUCUCAUUAGCAAUAUCUUCUACGACAUCCUUGUCUCCUUAUGAAUCCUUUAAUCACCCAAUUGUUUCCUUAAUCGCACUAGACAUAUCUAGGGGUCAAACGUAUGAACAUGGUAGAGAUCUUUUGAUAAAUUUCAAAAACUUACAUAGAAACAUUCAAAAUUUUCCAGCGUUUAUAAACACCAAUGAUAUUUUGCCCGUAUUUUUACUUUGCUUUGACCCAACUUCGAUAGAACAGAUAGAGCUAUGUAGUGCACUGACGAAACAAUUUAAGAAACAACUUUUCGUUGAAACCAUAGCACUUCCAUUAUGGAUGCCACAAACUGAAGCCACGACACAGGUAAAAUUACACCAACCCGUUAUGUCCUCAUUGGACGAAAUGAUUUAUUUUACACAAAUGGAGAAGGAAACAAAAUUACCACUAAAAUUACUGCAUUCCGUGUACGACAUAUUAGACGAAUUAGUUCACGAUUUACUAUUACCAUUUAUGCAUAGGAAAAUUUCUUUCUGGGAAGACAGUGUAAUGCAACCGAGAAGAUCAUUAUUUCACGGUUCGAAAUGGAUGAAGAAGUUUAUCUCUAAAAAUACCCACCAACAAGCUAAUACAUUAGUAAAGGAUGCUAACGGAAAUAUGUAUUUUGCUUCCUCAUCAACCGAAUUUCUUCUCAGAAAGCUGGCUGAUUGGUCCAUGAUGACCUCUAAUUUUAAGAAUGCGUAUACUACUUAUGAAUCUUUGAGUCAUGAAUUGGAAGAUUACCCAAAAUAUAUGGCGACCUGUCUGGAGUGGGAAGCUAUAACAUUAUUAAUGGGUGCUCAAAGUAUUGUAACUGUUAAAAUGAUUAAGAACGAUAUAGUGCCUUUAUUAGACAAUGCACUGGAUACUUAUGAUAUGUCUUCAAUGAGGGCCCAAAAGCGAGAAGAUGGAGGAGGCUCAUCGGUGGAACCUUUCCGUUCGUACGAAACUAGGUGUAUGAUCUUAGCGGCGGAAUUAUUCUUAUCACUAAGUGAUACAUGGACUUCAACUCCAUAUGCUAUUGAAUAUCUUGAACUUAUUUUAAGUGAAUGUAAGCUAGGACCCUGUUCGCAAAUAAUGAUAUGGGAAAGAUUAAGUGAUUGUUACAGCUUACGAUUAGAUCCUCGAAUUCGUCAUAAGGUCGAGAAUGAUAACAGUAGAAAGGCCAAACUAAAACUGCAAAGGGAAGAAACUUCAGAAACCGAGAAAGGAAAUCAUGCAGAUACAUCAAAUUAUGAUCUAGUCGCUCAAGGUUUAACAAGAAAACGCAAAGCAGCAUUUUUUAGACUUCUAGCUGCAAAGAAAUGGGCAGAUAAAAAACAAUGGAGACAGGUAGCUUGGUGUUUAAACGAUAUUGAAGAUGACUAUGUUGGAUUAUCAUUGACUACAAGAAAAAAUUUGAUUUUAUAUAAACUGAGAGAACAACUGUCAAACUACGAGCAAAAUAUAAAUGAAGAAACAACUCAUUGA